CGCCAACCCAAAAGCAUAUUACGCGUUCCAGUAAGCUUUGUGACAACCAACUGUUACGCACGUGUUUUUCGUUCAGUUCUACCCGGUGCUCUUGUCCGAACUGUUCACUUGGCUGGCCGACACUGGCGACGACGACUCUCUGUGCCCAACACACACGCUCGUUUUACAUUUAUUGUGUGUGGAACUUAUUUUUGGUUGUUCUUUGGUUGUUGUGUUUCUCUGUGUGUUGGUUUAUUUUUGUGUGCGUGUGUCCACCUCGGAUUAGAUUGUGUCGGCGGAAUUGGUCGAGUGUUGCUGAGCGCAACCCGCCAGCAUUGAUGCAGCAGGUGAACGCCAGACAGCCCUGCGAAAAACGGACCACUUGAAAUACGCCCAAAAAUGAGCAACCCCAUACCGUUGGCUGUCUGCUGGUUAUUGCUGGUGCUCUUGACCUGUUGGAGUUCCGCCAGUAUAGUAACGACAAGAGUAGUCGGGGUUGGCGAAGGGCGGCAGCAGCAGCAUGAUACGUUACGGCGGAUCGAUCCACCAAUCUCGGAACCGGGAGACUGGAAACCCAUCGACUACGGCCACCCUAUGCGAGACGACCCGACGCUAGUCUACGUGCCACCGGUCGUGGACCCUGUCCACUAUGGCAUCCAUUCGGCGGAGCCGCUGUGGCCGAUCCGGGGCUCUAAACUGCCGCAAUUUCACCUUCCACCGGAAGCCAUGCUGGCCGCCUCUUCGACGGAGCAGCGCUGGAGGACUCGACAAGCCUCGAGGCUUCACAAGACUGACGUCACGACGACGCCGAGGACAUUGUUCAAACCGUCACAACGGACGGACCGACCCGACCACCACCACCGGCUGCCGCAGUUUCACCGGCAUCCCGUCAGAUCGACCGCAUGGAAACGCUACGAUCAUCCGUCGAAUCAAUUGAUCGGCAGGUCGCCCGCUCUUGGACCUCCUUUGCCCGUCGUCUUGCCCACCUUCAGACCAGGGGUGGCCAGUAUUAGACCGACGUCCAGGCCAGUGGUCCUGCCCAUGUCCAGGCCAAGAGUAAUCCCGCCUACUUCCAGCAGUAGUCCUACCGCUGGACAGCAUCCAUCGGCUGCCAAUAACCAGCAGCAGCGCCUAUUAGCUGGACGGCAGAGAGCGGAUCUACCACCUCCGGCCAAUCGAUAUUUCAGCAGCAAUGCCAGAAGCUACGAGAGUGUCAUCGAUGACGGCGCUAAUAAUGGUCUAGUACACUACGGAGUCAGUCAUGACAGUCUCAGUGCUGGCAAGGCGUACGGCAUUGAUCGGGCGGACGACGACGACAUCGACGGACUUUUGCUCAACGACACGUCCAGCGAAUCGCUGCUGCCGUCGCCGGGAAAUGAGAAGAAGAAGGACGUGAAUAAUGAGACAGUGUCAGACCAGCACCAGCAGCGCAAAAGAGCUAAGAAACCAUUUUUCCCGUUUCAAUUUGUCAUCCAGUCGGGAUAUUCCAAAGUGAGGAAAUACGGCAAUGAAAUCAGAGAGAGUUUAUCCGCUGAUUUCUAAUGUCUCAUAUACAGUAGUCCACAACCCAAAAAAUUUAAAUUAAAAAUUAAAUUAAAUAAUAAAAAAAAAAAAAUAGAUUUGUUGUUUUUUGUUUAAAUUAAAUUUGAUUCAUUUAAUGUUUAAGUAUUCUUGAUAAAUCUAAAAAACAUUCCCCAUUUUUUAAAAAAGUUCUACAGUAUAUAUAAAAAUAAUAAUGUAUGUAUUUAUAUAUGAAAUGUCCAAUGGCGAUCGAUGGAAGGUCGAAAUGAUGGGGCUGCGUGCCUGCGUACAUGUAUAUGAAGGCCACAUCGCAUGCAUAACUGUUGACUUGGCAAUCAAUACACACUGCCCCGAGAGAUAUAGAAAUAAUUGGUUGACUUGUUAUUUUUUAUUCGACUUUGCUGCUUUUAUGUGUAUAUCUAUCCGUUCGUCAUCAUGUCCAGCCAAUUGCC